GCCAGGCCCGACCUGAGGGGGGCGGCUGUCCGCGGGCGGCCCCGCCGUGUUGGACCAGCCGGGGGCGCAAAUGUGUGUCGUCACGUCAACCGGCGUGCGCGCCGCACUAGGGGAAGUGCGCAACGUGUGCGAUGUACACGUGCCAGUGUGCGAUAGUCAUAUAACAGUAAUAUGUAUCAAGACUGGAAGUUGAAUGAAGAGUAUCUGUAGUUGAUCGGAGAUGGCAUGCUGUAUUUCAGGAUGUAGACUUACACUUAGAGGCAGCGGGAAUAUGCUCUUGAAGGAGUACCGGAUCUGCAUGCCUUUGACAGUUGAAGAGUACAGAAUUGGACAGCUGUACAUGAUCAGUAAGCACAGUCACGAACAGAGUGACCGAGGGGAGGGCGUGGAAGUCGUGCAGAAUGAACCCUACGAAGAUCCAAAUUAUGGAAACGGUCAACUAACAGAAAAACGGGUCUAUCUCAAUAGCAAGCUACCUAGCUGGGCUAGAGCAGUCGUUCCCAGGAUAUUUUAUGUUACAGAGAAGGCUUGGAAUUAUUACCCUUACACAAUCACAGAAUACACAUGCUCAUUUUUGCCUAAAUUCUCCAUUCAUAUAGAAACAAAAUACGAAGACAACAAAGGAAGUAAUGACAGUAUUUUUGACAAGGAAGCUAAAGACCUCGAGCGAGAAGUCUGCUUUAUUGAUAUUGCCUGCGAUGAAAUACCUGAGCGCUAUUAUAAAGAGUCAGAGGAUCCUAAACAUUUCAAGUCACAGAAGACUGGCAGAGGCCUGCUAAAAGAAGGCUGGAGAGACACUCAACAACCAAUCAUGUGCUCCUACAAACUGGUGACUGUGAAAUUUGAAGUCUGGGGACUUCAAACCAGAGUAGAACAAUUCGUACACAAGGUGGUCAGAGACAUAUUACUGAUUGGUCACAGACAGGCUUUUGCGUGGGUUGAUGAGUGGUAUGAUAUGACUAUGGAUGAUGUUCGAGAAUACGAGAAAAAUAUGCAUGAGAAAACCAACAUUAAAGUUUGCAGUCAACAUUCAUCUACUGUGGAUGAAAUAGAGAGCCAUGCCAAAGAAAGAACAUGACAAUGGAUGAAGUCCGAGAGUUUGAACGAGCAACUCAGGAAGCCACCAACAAGAAAAUUGGGAUUUUCCCACCUACAAUAUCU